AUACCAGCACCUUCAAACAAGCAUGACGAAUACCUUUUCAUAUGAUACUAUCACAGCAGAGAAUAUAGUAUCCAGGGUAAACUUACCCAACGAGUUCUUGCACAUACCGAACCAUGAAAUGAAAAUCCGUUACUACGAGCGGGACCGCAAGAGACUCAUCGGAUGGGAACUGCAUUGCAGCACACUUACUGAAUACUACAAAAACAAACGUAUUCCAAGGGGCCUGAGAUCUCAUCUCCGACCCACGCUUUUCGCAGACAAAAAAGAAUUCUGCGAACGAUUCGAGAGCAUCUUGAACAAGUGCUCCCUUGACCUGAUCUUUUUAACCAUAGAGGAGUUACAGACCUCAAUCGGCGAACUAGCCUCACAGAUCAAGACAACCGAAAUCCAGUUGACCUCAACCACACCGGAAGAAGAACUGACCAAAACCAAAGAAAGGAUCGAUAAGCAACUACAGGAAUACAAGAAGUACGCCGAACAAGGAAAACGACAGAAAUUCAUACGAGACGCUGAAGACUACACACUAGAGAGAGUCUACGGCUGGAAAGGAAACCAACAGCAACAGUACUUCCAAGGAUACAGACACCCACAUUACUCUGGCUCUUCGGCAUCUGACAGCGAUAGAUCCGGACAUUACGAACCACGUUUUUUAGGCAACGCCCCAAGGAGGGUCAGAUCAAGACGCGGAGGACCAGGAGGGGGCGGGAGGAAAUCAAGAAGGACGUAUACAGACACGCUCCCAGACUCAUUGAAUUGUCCACAAGAGGGCGAGGGUGAGAUAACAUGA